AUGGAGCUGCGCGCGGGCCUCCCGGCGCUACGCGCGCCGGCCCCCUGCUUGAGGCCGCGGGCCUGUCGUCGGCCUGCCGCCCGUGCUUGCAGCACUGAUCGCCGGGUGCGCCCGUCGAGUCAAUUCCAAUUGUCGGCCCGCCCCGGCCCGCCAUUUGGGUGUUGCCGAAGUUUGUUCGGUCGCGCCGUGGUCUGUUUGACUUUGGGCGAUCGAAUUACGUGGGGCGCCGGCAGGGGGAGGGGCAAGAACAUACAAACAAAAGUUGGCCGCGGCCGCCGUUCGACGAUGGAGCGCGCGCACGCACAAGCAUGGUUGUUAAAGCGAAAUAACAAGCGCAAGCCCAGUCGCGAGCUAGUCAAUGCAUAG